AUGCACUGCCUGAAAAGUCUGAGGACAACUAACUCGGGAAUCUUGCAGCUCUUUAAAAAUGCAGGGAUCUCUGCCAGAGCUGGAGCUGACAACAUUGUUCUGUCCAGGACGCAGCAACCUGUGCUUCUCCCUUGCUGGGCCGCAGCAUCACCCCACGCCCACAGAGCCUUCCACCACCAGAAGGAGCCUGAUGUGGACCAAGUAUACCCCAAAAGUAGGUUGAUGUCCAGUAUGGAGGACCUACUUUUCUACACCAUCACUGAAGGAAAAGAGAUGAUCCCCUUGUCCCAGUUCAUUUCUGCUUUGAGAAAAACAGGUUUGUUGACGUCUGACCCUCGGCUACGCGACUGUGUCCGUCAGAUGCGACAAUCCUCACGUGACUCUACCGGGCCAGUCAUGAUGGACAAGGCGCUCUUCAGAAGGUGUCUUGGCAACAACAUCAUGCUGCUGACUAAGGCCUUCCGAAAAAAGUUCAUCGUUCCGAACUUUGAAGAGAUGACCCAGCACAUCGAUAGGAUGUACGACAGUGCACAACAGCAGGAGGCGGGGCAAGUAGCUAACUACAUUCCUCAGCUGGCUAAGUUCAGCCCCGACCUCUGGGGAGUAUCUCUGUGCACAAUCGAUGGACAGAGACACUCUGUGGGUGACACCAAGGUUCCCUUCUGUCUGCAGUCGUGCGUGAAGCCUCUGGAGUACGCCUUCGCCGUGCACGAGUUCGGCAGCGAGCACGUUCACCACUUUGUUGGCAAAGAGCCCAGUGGGUUCAAGUUCAACAAACUGUCACUCAAUGACGAGGAUAAACCACACAACCCGAUGGUGAAUGCCGGAGCUAUCGUCAUCAGUUCUUUAAUCAAGCCAGAUUCCAAUAAGGCAGAGAGGUUCGACUAUGUGAUGGAGUACUUGAAUAGGCUUUCUGGCGCAGAAUAUGUGGGCUUUAGCAAUGCAACUUUCCAGUCGGAGAGGGAGACCGGUGAUAGGAAUUAUGCAAUUGGUUAUUACCUCAAAGAGAAAAAAUGCUUUCCUGACAAUGCAGAUAUGACAGAUGCCCUUGACUUCUACUUUCAGUUGUGCUCUAUCGAGGUGAACUGUGAGUCAGGAAGUGUCAUGGCUGCCACACUGGCCAACGGGGGUAUUUGUCCAAUCACAGGCGAGAGUGUGCUGAGCUCUGAAGCCGUUCGCAACACCCUGAGCCUCAUGCAUUCCUGCGGCAUGUACGACUUCUCUGGACAGUUUGCCUUCCACGUGGGCUUGCCCGCUAAAUCUGGCGUUUCGGGUGCUGUUCUGCUGGUUGUCCCCAACGUCAUGGGUAUGAUGUGUUGGUCUCCACCUUUAGACCGGAUGGGAAACAGUGUUCGUGGCAUUCACUUCUGUCAGGAUCUGUUGUCUCAUUUCAACUUCCACAAUUACGACAACCUGAGACACUUCACAAAGAAACACGACCCCAGGAGAAGAUCGGACGAAGAACCCAACAAGUCGGUGGUUAACCUGAUGUUUGCAGCACACAGUGGUGACCUCUCCGCUCUGAGGAGGUUUGCCCUGUCAGCUGUGAACAUGGAGCAGAGAGACUAUGACUCUCGCACAGCGCUCCACGUUGCCGCUGCAGAAGGUCAUGUGGAAGCCGUUGUCUUCCUAAGUGAAGUGUGUAAAGUGAAUCCCAGCAUGAAAGACCGAUGGGGGAACACGCCUCUAGAUGAUGCCAUGCAGUUUGGCCAUGAUGUUAUUGUUUCAGUCCUGCAAGACUACCAGCGCGAGUACGCCGACAGCGACGCGGCGAGCGCCACAGAGGAGCAGAAGGCCCCACUGGACACGUUGAAGAGCAUCGUCUGA